AUGGCCCAUGUUCUCACCAAGACAGUUGCCAUAAGCUCUGAGAGCACAUUUCAAUCCAAUUAUCAGACUACAAAUACACCAAUCAGAUCAACGUUAGAUCCUCGCUAUUUCAAUUCCGAUACAGUAGUUCCACCUGUGGAAGAUUCACGUUCCCCUUCUAAAUUACCAGAUCCACCAUCCCCUUAUAGAAAGCUGCAAGUGAAAUCAAGAUAUACAUUUGCAUCACCAAUCGAUUCUCAAACGUCAUUAAAAAGCUCUUUAUCUACUACUAAAGAAAACGAUAAACUUAUCAAAUCGUUACUAAAACAAUUUAAGAGAUUAGAGACAGAAUUAAACAAGUUUAACUCAAAGAAAUAUAAUCAUAAUACAAGUAGUGGUGCUAUAAUGAAAGGAAAUAUUUUACGUACAUCUUUGCUACCAUUCUUGAGAGCAUCAAAUCAAUUAGAACAAUGUUUUGCUACCGAUUCACCAAUAUUUAAAAGUUUAACUAGUGUUAUACUAACAAUUUUGGUUAGGUGGUGGAAUUCAUUAAUUGGAAAUUUAACAUAUACCGCUGCUGCCACCAGUCUUGCCAGUAGUAGUAGCCAUUCCAACAUAUCAUCAAACUCAUCAACUUCUACUCUUUCAAGAUCAAAUCCAACCACGGCAUCAAGUCGUUCUGACACAAUUCAUUUUUCACAUAUACCAGCGGCAGAUAGAAACGCGUAUUUAGAAUGCAUAUCACGAAUUAUGGCCCGUCAAGAUUGGUCCUAUUAUGAUGAACCAAAUGAUUACCAAUCGUUACUUAUUCAAACACUCGACUAUUGCAUUGAAAAGAUGUCUAAUUUAAAGACAGUCUCUGCUUCAUUUUCUGCAUUUAUGGGAAAAGUCUUUGCCUAUAGUUUUUUCAAAAUUCCUCAUGUUUCAAACGCAUUGUUGUUUUUAUUAAAUGUAAAGCAAAUUACAUUUGAAUCUUGUUUGAGAAAGUUAUCUAAUAACCAACCAUGUGAUAAUAAGCUUAAAAGCAUCUUCCCCCAUCAUUUACAUUAUUUGAUCAAUUUCAAAGGAAUGCAUACAUUAACCACAAAGGGACAAAAGAAAUCCAUCAAUUGUGCUCCAAUUCCAAGACAUCCAGUUAGUGGUAUUAAAGACCCCAAUGGAGAUUGGGUCAGACGGUGGUAUUGUCCAGAUUCGAACGUUUUUAACUCAUUUUUCCGUCAUUAUAUAGAUAUACUUCAAACAUACCUUCGAGAACAACCGGAGAAAGUCAAUAGAGACGUUUUGUUUAAUUGUCCGGGAUUUAGCAUUAUAAUUAGUCAUAUUUUUCAAAUCUUUCAUACUGGUAUUGUUAGAAUCUCUAGCAAUUUCGUGAAUUCAACUAAACCAUUAGGUCCGCAAACAACUCCGACACAUACAAGAAAAUUUAAUCCCGAUGGUACGUCAAUUAUGAUUCCUCAUCCAAGUGCAUCGUCAUUUAAUCCUAAUCUUAAACAAAGUGACGUUUAUUAUACUUCCAUACUUAAGGUUUUCAAAACGGUUCGUGAUAUUACAUAUUGUGCAACUCUAGAUGAAAAACCAAUUGAUCCAAUUAGUGCCGAUUUGGUAAAAGUGAUUGAUACUUGUUUGAUUUCAAUUGCCAAGGAGACAACAAUUUAUGAUUUUAAUAGGAAUGGACUUAUUUUAAGUAUUGCUAAUGAGUUUAUUAAUCAUAUUGGAAAUAACACUGGUAUGGAAAUGAAGUUAUUAGUUAAUUGGGAUUUUUGGCUUAGUUGUAAUUAUAUGAUGAUAAAACAUUGUGAUCAUGUCCAGACUAUAUUAAAGAAUUUUGCAUUUUUAUUUAAUACUUGGGAUAUGAUUCCUGAGACAUUAUCCAAUUUAGGAACUAAUAAGGUGGAUAUAAAUUUACAAAAUAUAGAAUUUGGUUGGUUGACUGAUGUUAAGAAUUCAUCAAAGUUGAAUUUUAUCAAUUUCUUGAUUAGUGAUGAAACUUUCCAACGAUUUUUCACCCAUUGGAAUCCAAUUAUUAGAUCGUAUUAUAUUAAAUUGUUAAUUUGGAGAGUUAUUGGGGUUAAUAACUAUCAAUCAUCAACGAUGCUUCAAGUAACCAAGAAUUUACAAAUUAAGUUAAAUAAAGCAUUUGAGAUUUUAAAACAAUUUACAAUUGAUAAUAAUGGGAAAUUUGAAAUGAAUUAUAAACCAGAUAAUCCAUUAGUUAAUAGAAAAUUUGGCAGAUUGCUUAUUAAUGUCAAAGAUGAUUAUUUGUCAAUUUAUGAUGAACCAACUCCAGAUUAUGUUCCAACUACAUCUUUGAGAACUUCAGAAUUAAGAAAAACCCAUCCAUAUGAAGUUUUCGAUGAAGCGAUAUAUACAUGUUCAUCAGCGUUACCAGACUUGACCAAGUCUUCAUCUACAGGUUCAUUAAGAUCAUUAAGUUCAAAUGGCUCAACCAAACCUGGGAAUCCAAUUGUUAAUUCAAUCGGGAAAUUUUUUAAGAUUUUGGCAGACGAUAAUAAUAAUAAUAAUCAUCAAUUAAAUGAUAUUCAGGAAAAUAGCCCCUCAAGUGAAAUUGGACCAGUUCCAAUGGAAUCCAAAAGAAAAUCGGUGUCAAUGACAUCAAUAUCAUCAACUUAUUCUUCAUUAAAAUCAAGAUCUUCAAGUCCAAGUAUGUUGUCAUUCAAAUCAUCCGGAUUCACCGAUUCAACCACUUCAUCAAUUCAAUCAGAUUCGGAAUCGAUUUUAUCUAUGGAUACAAUGAGAAGUAAAACUUCAACCCCGCUGACCCAGAGUUAUAAUAUCCAACCACCGGAAUUAUCAAAAUUACCUCCAGAUAUAAUUCGUCCACUUUAUAAAUUUGAUAUUAUUGUUGAUCAUGAAUCUGUAAGUGAGAAAUUCUCACUUAUUAAUCAUAGAAACUCCAUGAUUGGAUUAAAACCUAAUUGUAGUUUCUUUCCUGGUCAAUCAUCACAAAUCCGGUUCUUUCCAUUACAACCACAAGUACCAUUAAUUUCAAUAUUUGUUAAUUCUGGUUCAUUUGCUGAUAAAUUGUUCAUUAAUGAUGAAGAAUCUUAUUUUUUGGAAAAUUUUGAUAAUAAUGGGAAGUUGACCAAGGAAGAUGAUUGUUGGUUUCUGAAUCAAGGUAGAUCUACUAUGAUUAAUUUAGGUAAAUCUAUGAAUGAAUUGAAUUUAACGGUGGAUGAAUUUAGAAGAUUUUUGAAUAGUAGAAUUGAGAUUGAUACAUAUAAUGCUGAUUUGAAUGCUGAAGAUAAUGCCAUGACUGAAUUUGGAUAUUUUAAGCGGAUAAUUCCAUUCCUUUCAGUUGAUUCUUCGAAUGAAAUGAAGUUGUUGAAUGCUAAUUAA